CCUGCAGACUACAGGAAUCCCUUUGUGGAGAUGUACUCUGAGCACCCUGACAUCAUCUACAUCGUGGAUGACAGGAAAACAGUGGUGAUCCCCUGCCGGGUCACCUCGCCAGACAUCAAACCCAAACUCACCCAGUACCCUUCCUCUGCAGAGAUCAGCUUCAAGAAGAUGUCCUGGGACCCCAAGAGAGGCUUUGUCAUCCCCUCCCACUCCUUCGUGCCCUCCGGGAUCCUCACAUGCUCAGCCCACGUCAAUGGCAGCGUCUUCAACUCCUACUACAUGGCCCAGAGACUGGGUGAGUGCCCAGGGAGCUCCACUGGGAGCUCCUGCCUGUCUUAGCCUCUCUUAGAUUUG